AUGGAGUAAAAUACUAAAGCAAUUGGAUCUCAACUGAUCAAUAAUUUAUUCACAGCCCACUUAUCCAAUGUUAAAAAUUCCCUCUAUCUUAUUGACGAAACUAAUUGUUCAUCCAAAGCAUUCAGGGAUUUGAUUAUUAAUUAUGGAAUUGAGUAGCUUAUUUAAUCAAAGAUUUAUGGAAAUGUGAUUUAUCUGAGUAUGAGAAAUAUUAAAGACUUAAAGUUCUUGAAUGAUGAUUAUUCAGCUAAGUAUUCACAUCAGGCUCUCUAUCAAAAUAUUGCUAAAAUUGGUGAUGUAGAAUAUCAUACUUUAAUGGCUAGUGGUCAAUCUAUUCCUAAAAGAGAGUCUAUUUCAAUUCCUAAACUUGACAAUCUAAUCUUGCUAAAUGCCUAUCCAUUGCUUAUCAACCCCCCUGGCAUUGGGGGUCUCGGAAAGCCUUCAAAUAUUUAUCAGAUUCUUAAAUAGAGUGAAAAACCUUAUGAAACUCUAUUAAAAAUCAUAAAUAUAAUCAUUUCUUCUCAAAAGCUAGGCUAAGCUGCACUUGUUAUUGAUAGUUUGCAGUUAUUUGAGAAACUUGGCAAGCCAAGUGAUCUUCUCAAUUUUUUCGGCUAAGUGUAAAGAAGUAUUGAGUCUAGCAGUAUUUUCCCUGUAUAUGUUCAUUCAGAUUUCAGUCUAGUCAGAAAUAAGUAGCUACAGCUUGCUCUUACUAAAUCAUGCAAUGGGUAUUUGAGGAUCGAAAAAGAAAGUUCAGGGGUAUAAAAGAAUAACACUAGCAAUAAGUAUAAAUAUGCACUUGUGUACGUAUCAGUGGUCAAACCUGGCGAGAGAUUCACAGAUGAGACUUCAGUUGUUUAAUAUUCACUAUUGGAUUAUGAGAUGAAAUUGUUAGGCAAUAAAGAAGACGUUAUGAAGCACUUCUCAGAUGGAAAGAAAUAGAGUUAGGAAGAAAAACCAUCAAAUGUUAAGGCAACAUUCAAGAUUGAAAUAAAUGAUGAGGACAAAAAGGUCAGAGAUUCAUCAAAUACAACUCUCUAUCAUACAGGAAAUAGUAAUUAGGGUGGCAUUUAACUAGACUAGGAAGACUUAGAUGAAUUAGAGAAAAAGAGAUUAGAGGAUAUUGAAGAAGGUGAGGGUGGAGAAGAUGAUGAUGAGGAGGAGGAAGAUGAUCCUGAUGAAGAUCUUGAUUUCUGA